GUGAUCGGGUGCGAGCAGGAGCCAUGGGGCUGGGGUGCGGGCUGCUGGUCCCAGCCCUGGCCCUGCUUUCCCUGCUGCCGCCCAUUCCUGGGAGCCACUCGGAGAAAGGGGACCUCGGAGGAAGCCGGCCCGCUGACUGCCAUGGUCGUGAGCAGCCGACCCCAGGAAAGACCUCGGUCCCGCCGGCCCAGGAGUCAGCCAAGGGUAAUGCUGGUGACCAGGAAAGAAGGCGUCUACACGCUGGAGGCGGCUCUCGGCAGCGAGUGUCUCGGUGCUGAAGUGCGGCUCGGGCCUUACUACGUGGAGAUGGGCCACGGGGCCGUGUCCGUGUUCGUGAACUCCAGCAGCGUCCGUGGGGACCAACUUCUUGCCUUUGGUGGCUCCUCCAUGGAUCCGAGAAGCUCCGUCAUCACGCACCGUCUCCCCUCCAUUUCCUCCUUCAAUGUGUCCUUCAGCUCCCAGACUCACGCAGGGGACGGGCAGGCCUGGGACAGCCUGGCGGUUCGAUUUCGGAUGCAGCCCGUCUCUGUCUACACGAAUGGAACCGUGUUUGCCACUGACACCGACAUCACUUUCGUGGCGGUUACCAAGGAAGCCACUCCCCUGGAGUUCACCUGGUUCUUUGGAGAAGACCCGCCGGUGAGGACAACGCACAGAAGCAUCAGGAGGAGACUCACUGUCCCCCAGUGGUACCGAGUGGUGGUCCAGGCUUCCAACGGGAUCAGCAGUGUGACCUCGGAGCCCCACCGUGUCCAGGUGCAGACGAGAGUCGUCGCCAACCGGCUCACGUCCACCUCUUCAGCUCUGGUGAACGCCACGGUGGCCUUUGAGUGCAGAAUCAACUUUGGCACCGAUGUUGCUUACCUGUGGGACUUUGGGGACGGCACUGGCGGCCUGGGGAACAGCUCUGCCAGCCACGCCUAUGGCAGGGAAGGAGAGUUCACAGUCAAGGUCCUGGCCUUCAAUGCCGUCAGCGCCGCCUCGCUCAGGAAGCACCUUUUCAUCGUGCGCAGGCCCUGCCAGCCACCCCCUGUGAGGAGCACAGGGCCGGGGAAGGUGCAGGUGUGGCGGUCUCAGCCCGUGACCCUGGGAGUGACCUUCGAGGGCCCCAUUCUCUGUGACAUCUCACAAGGCCUUUCCUACGCCUGGAGCCUCACAGACUCCGCGGGGUCCCAGGUGCCCCUGCCGCCGGCCGUCAGCACUCACAGGCAGACCGUCACCAUCCCCAGCUACUUUCUGGAGCCUGGGAACUACACUGCACUGGCCAAGGUGCAGGUGGAAGGCAGCCCUGUGCACAGUGACUACGGCGUGGGGGUGGAGGUGCGAGCCCGGGCGCCCGUCAGUGUGAUCUCCGAGGGCACACACCUGUUCGUCCCCAGGACACCCUCGUCCACCGUCGUCCUCAGGGGGUCCCUGUCCUACGACCCCGACAGGCCUGGGGCCAUUCUCAGGUACCACUGGACGUGCACCCCAGCCAGCACCCCUGGGGGCCUCUGCUUCCCUGGGCUCUCUGCACAAAGCCUGAACACGGGCGCCCCCACCCUGUCCUUCGCGGCAGACUCUCUCAGCAGCAGCUACGACCAGUUUCUUGUGACGCUGACCGUGUCCAGCCACGGCCAGAACUCUUCAGAGGCACAGGUGUUCCUGUCCACCCUCCCCGACUCAGCGCUCAGACUGGUGCGCAUCUCCUGGGUCACCUUCAGGGGCGUCCCCGUGAACUGGAACGAGGGGCUUUCGCUCCGGGCGGCCUGUGAGGACUGCGGGGAGGCUGUGCUCUCUUACUCCUGGGACCUCUUUUUGGUCAACGCGACAGGAAAGGACAGAGAGGAAGUUCCCUUCUGUAGGACCGCGGGGCUGCUGGGUGCCUCGGGGUUUGAGGCCUUGUUGGAGUCGUCAGAGUCCUACCCACUGUCCCCAAGGCCACGCAGGGCAGAGCCCCACGCCCCGCCUGCGCCGUCCUCAAGGGAGCCGUGGCCACGGACCCCGGGCCGGCCUGACCUUCCAGUCACGGGGAGAGGCUCCACGGAGACCAUGGUCUCAGGACACCAUGUUCCUGCUGCAGGUGACACGGUGGCCCCCAGAGGGGACCCCGGGGACGAGGGGUCCCUGGGGAGUCCACCUCACACCCCGGACUUCGAAGCCUCUUACAGUGACAUCCAGGAAGCGGUGCCGUCGAGAGGCAGGCCAGGGCCCAGCCUCCACCGUCCAGGGCCAGGACCAAGUGCCGGUGCCGACAAGAGCCACAGGGACGGGGACAACCUACUGGGCCCCUUCUUCCCCACCAGGGCAGCCGGGCCUGCGCUCCUGGUCGACUGGCCCAAGGCCCCCGUGAGCAGGGCUGUGUUCCGCAGCUACACCGCAUCGGGGAUCACGGGACAGACGGUGACAGUAAAGCCGUACUCGCUGAGCCCUGGAGAGACGUACGUCCUGCAAGCCGCGGUGGCUCUGGGGCACAGCUUUCUGGGGAAAGCCCAGCUGUACCUGCCUGUCAGCCGGGCUCCACAGGACAUGGCCUGCCAGGUGCAGCCCCACCAGGGCCUGGAGGCAGACACCGUCUUCAGCAUCUUCUGCAUGUCAGGGAGACCGGACUUCCGCUACGAAUUCAGUUACCGGGUAGGAAGCGCCUCCGAGCGCACCCUGUACCGUGGGACAGAUGCCCAGCACUACUUUGCGCUCCCCGCUGGGGAGCCCGGGGAUGGUUAUCAAGUCCUGCUGACCACUGUGAUCUCCGACGGCGAGGGCUCCCGGACGCAGCCCUGCACCGUGGCCGUGACUGUGCUGCCCCGUCUCCAUGGGGACCGCUGCCCCGGCGAGGACGUGUACCGCUCCAGCCUGGACACCCUCUCCACCCUCCAGCUGGCCGGCAGGGAUGCCGAGAUCAGGCACUACGUCGCCAUGGCCACCAGGGUCCUGAGCCGCUGGGCUGAGGAGGCCGGAAGCCCCUCGUGUGCCCAGUGGCCACGCAUUCAGGACGUGUUCAUUUCUGCAGUGUGCAGAUUGGCUCCCCAAGACCAGGAGGAGGUGGCCGACUCCGUCCUCUUGCUGAGGGACCUCCUGCGCUUCCUGCCCAAGGGUCCUGGAGCUCACAGGCCACCUGCUCGAGGAAGGUGCUCAGGUCAUCUCGGACGCGCUGUGGGGCUGCCUGUCCUCGCGCGGCGGGGAGCACCAGCUCCAUGUGAGCGCCGGGCGGACGGAGGCCCACACGCAGCUCCACCGGCCCCCGAGGAGCACCUCGCAGAGCCUGGGCCCCGUCCAGGUGCACCUCCCUGCAGACCUGGCUGGGCCGGAGAGGCAGAGCUCCUGCUACGUCAGCCAGCUCCUGCUCCUCAAGAGGAGCGCCUCUCCGUGGAGCCGCGCUCCUGA